AUGCCUUUUCGAGCAGGGCAGGCAAGCAUCACCCACUUCUUCGAAAGCAAGGGUGAAGACGUUGUCGGUGCUAUAGCAAUGACUGUGCGGUUGAGGCGGCCGUUACGAAUUCGCCCUGGUCAGUAUCUCUAUCUAUUUCUGUCUGAUAUGGGACUUCGCCGUCGUAUCCAAGCUCAUCCCUAUGUAAUUACCUGGUGGGAUGAUUCAUUCAGCGCUAUGAAUUUGUCGUUUUUGAUUCAACCACAUAACGGAAUAAGCUCCGAGCUAGCUGCGAGGAACUCUAUUCAGAGCGUCAUUAUUGACGGUCCGUAUGGGAAAGAUCUCCAAUUGGAAAAUUAUGAAACAGUUAUAUUAAUCGCCAAGGGAAUUGGAAUAGCAGGUAUUAUCCCUUAUGCCCGGCAUAUGACGUAUCGACGAACGAGCAAAGGGAAAGAUCAUGAGGCUUACCGUCGGGGACUUCUCACCAGGAAGCUCGAUCUAAUUCUCACAUUCUCGUGUUUCUACCCGCACAAGAAGACACAACCACCACCUGUUACUGGCGAUGCGCAUUGGACAUUUAUCUACGAAGAAGAAGCAAUACCAAUCAUCGAAGGACUCAUGACAAAGCAGAUCCAACGAUCCCCAGGAAAAACUAUUAUCACAGCAUGCGGAGAUGCUGAAUUCAGUUCGUCAAUCCGCAGUACGGUUCUCAAGGCAAUGGAUGAGUAUCAAGGCGUUGAGUUCGUUGAGACAGAGUUCCAGCCUCAAGAUGUUCCAAAAGUCCACCCUGGUAUUCACUCCAAAAUCAAGGAAGAUACUGGUGAUAUUGAGAUGGAUGCGAGGUCAAUUGCGAGGCACGUUGACAGGAGAAGGCGCGCGGGACAGUCGCAAGCAUUGGCCACCCCAAAGGCUGGAGACCGACUGCGAUUGAUGAAGUCGUAUUCCGGGGUCUCCGCUAAAUUGAGGACCCUAGAGGAAGUAGAAGAGAGCGUAGACGAUGGAAUUCAAGGAGCAAAACCUGUUAGUGUGAAGGAAAUAGUUUAA